AUGGACAACAUCCACGAAGAAUAUGACCGGCUCGUUGAACACCUUCACGACUGCACGAAGAAGGCUGAGAGUUUUAAAACCAGAAAGAGACGCCUGUCUCUUGAAACUCUUGAGUUGAUACGCCAGCAUGGAGCAGCACAAGCCGCAGGGAACCAAGAACUCACUUCCGAGCUCGCAAGGCUUUGCAGAGAGGCGAUAAAGGAAGACCUUAAAGAGAGAAGAGCAGAAGUGCUGGCUGAAGCUGCAGAGGCGGGGAAAAGCAUCCGCUAUGCUCGUCGAGACUUCGCCAGUCGCAAGACGAAGAUGACUGCUCUCCGGAACCCAAAGGGAACAGCCAUUGCAUCGAGAAGGGAGGGGGAGAAAAUCAUUUACGACUUCUACUCUGAUCUCUUCGACAGCUAUGUCCACUUGCUCCUCACCACCUGA